AUGUCGAGUCAAGGUGACCGACACACCCCAGUUGGUGUAACCGAUCCGGUUGCAACUUUACAGCCUGAUCCCCCCGUCGAAGAACACCACCCCCCGCCGACCUCGGCACCACAUGAAGAUAACGAGGUGGCUCAAGCCCCAUCUGACCCGGUGCCGGAUAGUGUUCCGGACGAGGAUGAGAUUAAGAAUCUGAAUUGGUGCAAAUUUGUGAUCGAUUUGUGGAGACGUCAAGUCCACUCCACACUUAUUGGGUAUAAUCUUCUGGGUUACAUCGAUGGUACCACCACGGAACCCGCCGAAUUCACUGAUACUGCUCAAACUGCCGUUAACCCGGCCCAUCUAAUUUGGUAUCGUCAAGACCAAAUCAUUGUCAGUGCACUUCUCGGUAGUUGUACUGACACCAUACAGCCCCUCAUCUCCUCGGCUACGACAACCCACGAUGCGUGGCAACGUCUGAUUGCUAGUUACGACAGUGCUUCUCGAGGACGUAUCAUAUCCCUCAAGGCCAAGCUCACGAAAAAUCCGAGAGGGUCUCGUUCCAUUACGUCUUACCUCAAUGACAUGCGAGCCUUAGCUGAUGAUCUUGCGAUGGCUCAGUGUCCAGUUUCGGAUGAAGAUCUAAUUGUUUAUAUAUUAACUCAGUUAGGGGAGGAGUACAACUCUAUUAUAUCUGCCGUCCGUGUUCGUGAAAAGCCAAUUUCCUUUGGUGAAUUGGCAGACGUGCUGACUGACCAUGAACGUCAGCUAAAGGCAGCGGAUGAGACGCGGCAAUCGGUACUGGUUACUGCCAAUAUGACUCACCGUGCUUCGCCACCCCCAUGGUCUAACCAGCAGUCAGCUUCCAACCGGAGGGCCCGCAAUAAUGCCUAUAAUAAUGGCGCCCACCGACAAAAUUGGCAACAAAGGGGUAAUAAUCGCUCCAGUAUUAUUUGUAAGUUUUGUCAUCUUACAGGUCACGAAACCAAGGAACUUCGAACCGGGAUUCCGCUGAUACGGGGCGUGAACAUUAAUGGUGUCUAUUUUGGACCAGUUGUCUCUCACCCAACAGUUCAUGCUACGCAGUUGGCUCGUUUGUCUCAGUGGCACCAACAACUCGGCCACCCGUCGAAUAAGGUGUUGCAACUUGUGUUGCAACGCUGUAAUGUUCCAGUCUCCAUGUCAUCUCUGCGAAAUUUUUAUUGUUCCUCCUGCAAUGUUCAUAAAAGCCAUAAACUGCCUUUUUCUAAAAAUACACUUGUUAGCACUAAACCUUUGCAACUUGUUUAUACUGAUGUAUGGGGACCUACUGAGUACUCUAUUGAUGAAUUUCGCUAUUAUGUCAUUUUUGUAGACCACUUCUCAAACUUACCUGCUGAUUCUCAUGAUUCAGAAUCACGCAAUAUUUUGUGCAAGUCGUCUCCUUUGUCUACACAGGUUGAGCCCGUGGGUGUUCCAACACCAGUCCCAACACCGGUUCCAACUCCAGUUCCAACACCAGUUCCAACACCCGUUCCAACACCAGCUCCAACUCCAGUUCAGAGUCCAGUUCCAACUCCAGUUCCAACAUCAUCACCGUCAAAUGCGUCCAAUUCGUCGUCUCCCACUGUCUCAGAAAAUGGUUAA